AUAAGACACGUAGGGUGUGUAUUCUGUAUCACGUUUCCAACCAUUCCAAUUAUUUUCAAUCUCUGAUAAGUUUGUUAUCGCAUGAUUGACGUGUCCUUCUGCAGUACGUGUCUUUACAUGAUCAUACGUAAAAUCUAUAGGCAACCAACAACUCAAUGUCAGUACUGUUAUUCUCAUAGGUUUAUUUAUGUGGGAGUUGUCAAAGUUGACAUUUGUUAUCAUCAAUAAAAUCAAAAUACCAAGUACAAUAUUAUACAUGAUUGUUGUAACAAUUGAAUAACAAUGGCAGAUCCAUCUAUUUCUCUUUUGAGUUCUACUGAUUUUAAUCCAGAUAAAUAUGUUAAAGAAUUAUCCCAAAGUUGUGUGGGUGGCCAAGAAUUGAUUCGUUUGCGUAAGACAAUACAUGGCUUAUAUGAAACAACUAAUGAAAACCUUAAGCGGAAUGUCUAUAAAAAUUAUAUCCAGUUCAUUGAUACAGCUAAAGAAAUAUCUCAUCUCGAAAGUGAAAUGUAUCAGCUGUCCCAUUUAUUGACUGAGCAGAGGUCUUUAUUAAAUUCUUUGUAUAAUACAUCUAUCCUUGGUGAUGAUACUACAGUGGCAGUUGAAGCAGAAAGCAAUGAGGAGAAUAGCGAGGAAAGGGAUGAAGAAAUAAGGAGGCAAAAAAUAGCUUGUGUUUUAGAAAAAGUUGAAGGAUGUGCUUCAAUUUUAGAUGUACCAAACAUAAUUUUACAACAUGAAGGAUUCUUAUCAGAAUUGGAUGUAGCUGAGAACAUUCCCAUUAAAAAUGUAUAUGCUUUCUUAUUUUCUGAGGGCUUACUUUUAGCAAUUUCUAACAAUGUAAAUAGUGGAAAACGUUACAAGCAUGAAGCUUAUUACGAACUUGGCAGCUUAGCUGUUGUGAAUGUUAGAGAUUUAGGAAAUGUAAAGCAUGCUUUCAAGCUUCUUGCAUUUCCAGACACAAGAGUCUUUCAAUGCAAAUCUAAUUCUAGCAAGAAAGAUUGGCUCGAUAAAUUCGAACAGGCAAAGAAACUGAGAUUGGCUCACGACCAACAGAAGCGCGAGACUAUAUGUGAAAAAUCUCCAUCACGGUCAAUAUCUAUAGAAUCUUCAACCUUAAAUCCGUUUGAUGAUCAAGAAGAAGAGGAAAAUCAUCCAGACUGGCUUCUAGACAUUCCAGAAGAAUUGGACGUUUGUGUGGCUCAAAGGCAUUUCGAAGAAGCUCUUGUUCUUUUACAAAAAGCUAAAGAUUAUAUAAUGCAAUAUAUCUCAUCAAAUAAUCAAUCAGACCAUAUUUUAGCAGAUAUACAAAGAAAGGUUGAGCAAAGAAACGUGCUUUUGACAGAAGUUUUAAUGAAGGAAUUAGAAGUGAAUCCAGAUAAAUCAUUGCAAGGUGGUUUGAGAGCCGCUAGAAGAGCAGUUCGUUUGCUAAAUCAAUUAGGAAGGUCAACCCAAUCUUGUGGCUUAUUUUUGAAACUCUGCAGCAGUAUGCUGAAAACUCAAUGCAAAAGAGUUAAACGUGAAGGCUCAACUACUGUUUAUGUUCGAUAUCUAUCAAGUGUCGUAUUUACCAAUAUGUGCCACAUGACAGAAGAAUUUUUAAGGGCUUUCCCUGAUUCACCGAAUUGUGCUUCUGCUUACGUUGUUUGGGCAAGUAAUGAACUUAAUUUGUUCAGUGCGCAUUUCAUUAAGCAAGCUUUUAUGCCUCAAACUCCGCUUUCCGUUUUAACAGAAUGUGUAGUUUUAGUACGACUUCAGUGUGAAAGGCUUUGUUCGUAUGGUAUAGAUUUAUGUUAUCAACUCGACGGAGCUCUUCGUACACCUCUGUCCAGAGCUUUAAAGGAUACCCGUGAUAAGUUUAUAGAUGCAAUCAAGGUUCGCUCUUUGGAUGACAAAUGGAUUCCACUAAAUUUGAAGUCGAAAAUGGGAUUGGCAAGAUUUUUACAAGAAAAUAACGAAAUGGGUUUGAUCUUGGAUUCAUAUGUUACUGGCGACUGCUGGCUUCAAUUAACUGCAAACACUAUGGCUUUCACCAAGCUCUACUUAGCAUUAAUCGAAGAUUGUUUAAAACUACAAACAUCUGAUCUUCUUUACUCAAUUGAUGAAACGCUAUAUACCGUUUUUGAUGCGCAUUUAAGGCACAUCGAACAAUCAUUGCGCAAGGAGUCGCAAUAUGAGCAACGUAAAUUCAUCACAAAUAAUGCCGACUUUUUACUGAACACACUUCUAAGUUUGGUCCAAACCAAGUACUCAGAUGUGAACCAAUUUGAAUGCGCCAAACUCUCCAAAUUAAAAAAAGAAUACACGGCUUUACUGCAGGGCGUUUCACCCACUAAUAGAAACAUAAAAUAUUCAUCAACGGAAUAUUUGUAAACACUAAAUACUG